UGAAAAAUUCCAUAGAGAUCCUGGUUACUAAGUUAAUAUUCAAAAAAAAACAAUCCGUUGGUUGCCAAGGCAGGGCGCAGAGUUCGGAGAAGUAGCAAGUGCUCGAGCGCGGGGGUGUGCUCGAGCGUGGGUCUCCCGCAGGCGCAGUAAGCCCUGCGUUUUCCGCCUCAACCGCCAACGGCUUCCUCAGGCUCGCGCCUUCAUUCCGUCGUUUGUGUUGUCAUGUAACAUCGGGUUACCCACCCUCAGCUGAAUAGUCGAGACCAUUAUAGAAUUCUCAGCUAUGGCCUCAGACAGUGUUCUCUUCAGCCCCAGUAACAACUCAGAGAUGCCGACAGAUAUUGUGGAGUUGGACCAGAUCGAUGAGGAGACCACCACAGUGGCGACCGUCCCAAUGGAGCCGGUGCCAGUCAACACCAUCCUGGUCAACACCGUCCCGGACGACACCAUCCCUAUCGAGACCAUCCAGGUCGGGAGCAUCCCCGUCGAGACCAUGCCGGUCGAGACCAUGAAGGAGUACGAUUUCAGUGGCAGUUGGGUCCACGGUGGUCACGAACACCCGCCUGUGAUUGCACUGCAGCCGCUCAUCACCAUCCACCCGAAUUAUGGGGACCAUGACCAGGAACUGAUCAUGGUCCAGAUGCAGGAAGAGGUGGUAGGCUACUACGACUCCGACAACCUGCAGUCCAACAACGAUUUUGAGGACCAGAGCCUCAUCCCAGUCGGCCACGAAGACGACUGCUUCCAGCAGACGCUGGCUUCGCUGUCGGCCUCGUCGGGGUCAUCGGCCUAUAGCCGCAGCAGGAAGCGCAACCGCAGCAGAAAGCACAGCAGCAAGAAGAGUUACCCCAGCACUGACGCCAAGGCGGGAGGCAGUGGUGCUAGCCUGGGCAACAAGAAGUGGGAGCAGAAACGGGUGCAGAUCAAGACCCUGGAGGGUGAGUUCUCAGUCACCAUGUGGUCCGCAAGCGACAAGAGAGACAACGAGACAGGGGCUGAACAGAGCAGAAAAAAUCUUACUCCUGAAGCACUAGCUGGCAUUGACCUGUCAGAUCCCAAACAACUGGCAGAAUUUACUAAGAUGAAGGAUAAGAAAUCUAAAGAAGCUCCGAAAACCAUAGCUUGCCCUCAUAAUGGCUGCGUAAAGAUGUUCAGGGAUAACUCUGCUAUAGGAGACCGGCCCUACGUGUGCCCCUUGGAGAGUUGUGGUAAGAAGUUUGCUCAGUUAGCUAACCUGAAAUCUCAUAUCUUAAUGCAUUCUAAGAACAAAAACGGCCAGUGAAAAGAAGAUAGAAGACCCUUCUCAAACUUGAGAAUUCCAGGAGAACGAUUGGGAAUAAAUAUGCUUCUCCUUUAUAUGUUGUUUCUGGGAAAGAAUUUUAAAAAUUAAUCCCACACAGCUAAGGGUCAUGUUUUAAUAAAGUAUAAUAAUAAAAUUUAAAAUUAAAAAAAAAGUUUGUAAGUUAUUAUUGAUAUCUUAUUCUGUAAUACCAUUUCUAAAACAUGGUGUUUUUGA